GGCACGGCCGGGAGGUGGAGCCGGCUGUGCUGGCGGCUGCGGCGCUGCGCGGCUGCCGGGCACGGGGCGCGCACGGCAGUGGGAGUCCAGCGCCGCCGGGAGCCGCUGCCGCCGCCGAGGACGCCCCGCCGCCGGCAGUUCGAGUAGGAGGCACAAGGCAUGUCUACACCACACGGAGAAACACGAGGCAGGAAGGCCUGAGCUAGUGGAAACCUGAACCAGGCUGCCCAUACGGUUCAGCUAGGGGCAACGUGUCGGUCUGGAACCCAUGUAAUGGCAAAGCACUCCAGGGUCUGGGAUGAGUGCCAGCACCUACGUGCCCAGAGAUUAAUAGUAAGAAAAAGUGGAUAGAGUGGGAACCCAGCAGAGUCCAGCACCCAGCAGUGAAGGUUGACCAGACUGGAUCAGUGUGUCAAGGACCAGAACCAAGGAUCCGGACUGAGGUGUGUUUAGUACAUCCUGACUUCUGGAGGAGAGCAUUUCUCUGAAGUAUUUCUCUGAAGGCCUGUCCCCUCAAAGUGGCACAGAGGACAAGCUUGGCUACAAAGAGAUUCAUGGGACACACAGACCGUUAAAGACUAGAAAAGAUACUGCACUUCAAGUCCCAGACUUGCAAAGGAAUAAUUGGAUCAAGCAGCCUGGAGACCAUGGAGGGAGACUGUCUGAGCUGCAUGAAGUACCUGAUGUUUCUUUUCAAUUUCUUUAUAUUUCUGGGAGGAGCGUGCCUGCUGGGAGUUGGGAUCUGGGUCGUUGUGGAUCCCACAGGUUUCCGAGAGAUAGUGGCUGCCAACCCUCUCCUCUUCACGGGAGCUUACAUCAUGCUGGCUAUGGGAGCGAUGCUCUUUCUGCUGGGUUUCCUCGGCUGCUGCGGGGCCAUCCGUGAGAACAAAUGCCUCCUGCUUUUUUUCUUCAUAUUUAUUUUGUUAAUCUUCCUGGCGGAGCUUUCAGCUGCAAUCCUGGCUUUUAUCUUCAGAGAAAAUCUGACCAGGGAGUUCUUCACCAAGGAGCUGAAGAAACAUUAUCUGAGGAACAACGACACGGACGUCUUCUCUUCCACCUGGAACUCUGUUAUGAUCACAUUCGCCUGCUGUGGAGUGAAUGGACCAGAAGAUUUUGAAACUCUCUCUCAUGUCUCUCACUUACUUUUGGAAGAAGCGACACCAGAGGCUUGUUGCCUGCGACAGCUCCAGACACGGGAAGGGACAUUUGUCGACAGGGAAGCCUGCCUCAGAGGGGUGGAGAGAUUUCAGAAUCGGCAGGGCUGUUACACUGUGAUCCUGAACUCCUUUGAGACCUACGUGUACCUUGCAGGAGCCCUUGCCAUCGGCGUUUUGGCCAUUGAGCUUUUUGCCAUGAUCUUUGCCAUGUGUCUCUUUCGAGGGAUCCAGUAGGCAGAAGCCUAUCAACUACCACAUUGACCCCAUGUGCUCAGAAGAAAGAAGGAAAAUCAAAAGAAUCAAAACCCGAAAACACCCAAAAACUUUAUUUUUUUUAACAAAAUGGGGUAGGGGGGAAAAAGGAAAAAAAAGAGGGUUGUAAUAUAUGAAUGACCAAAAGGAUUGUACUUCAGGGGCUGGAACUUUGAGGUGAUGUGCACUACACUGUACACCGGACCCUUGCCCAGAGCCGCCUGCAACAGCCGUGGAGAAGGAGCCAAGCACAGUCGAUUGCACUAGAGACGGAAGGAGCCUGCAGGGGGGAGCAGGAGGAAGAGCACAGCUGCUUCUUCUGCAUAUCAGAGCAAGGCCGUGCCUACCAUUCAUGACUUUAUACUGUUUUAGACAGCAAAGGACUGAAGGACAGCAACACAGGGGCUGGAUAAGGCAAUAUGUUGGCCAAAGUAUAUGACUGUCCAGGAGGGUUUGAAACAAGUGGUGGUGGUGGACGAUCUAAGAAACAGGCAGUUGUUGUAUAUGUAAGUCUGGCUUUAGGUAUUAAUUCCCAGCCACAAAAUAGAAGUACAUUCAUCAGUGGAAGCUGACUUCCCAGAGAAGUCAAACACUUCAGUGAGGCUGGCUUUUCUCUGGAGCCUCAAGAAGGGGCAGAGAGGUCCCACUUAAAAAUAGGACUCAUCUAAGACAGGCUGGCUGAUGGUCAAGAGUUUGGUGCAUACCCUUCUGUUUUUGCUUAGAUGUACUGUUUGUUGUUGUGAAAAAGGAGGGGAACAAGUGGUUCCCUGCUGUGUUCCCAUCCCCUGGGGAAAAUAAUGGGUCUGGUGAAGAAUAGUUGAUGCUGCUGCCCUCCUGAGAAGUGGAGGAAAUAGUGUUUAAAUCUUGUCAGCCUUUGCCUUUCACUUCAUACUUGCAAAAAAGAGUUUGUGGUGCUCUGUUAGCUUAAAGAUUUGCAGUGGAUUCCUAUGUGCUUUCCUGCCCCAAGGAGAAUUCCAGGCAUGAUGCUGGGAUGGAAGAGGCUGAGAUUUGUCACCAGCCCCCAUGCCUUAAACUGUCCUGUGGUGUCAUUUCUGCUCAGAGAGUUUCCCCUUGAGCCCCUGAGCAUCAAGUCAGAAUUAUUCUAGCAUGUCUGUUAGCUGAGACUGCUUCCUCCCUUGAGAUAGUUUGACAUUUAACUAACAUAUCAUCCACUUAAUCAUUUAGAAAUGAAUUUGAGAAACAUGCCUGGGACUGGACUUCGGUCAUAGGUUAAGAUGGAGCGGAGGCCCCCACAUAGGCUCUAAGAGCACUUAGUGUGUGGCCAAACUGCUUGAGCUGCUUCUCUGGUGCUGGCAAUCGACCCUGACAGGGCAUCAAUUUCUCUCAUCUGGAAGCCUCAACCCCCUUUGCAUUAAUUGUUUGUCCGCUCACUCCCUGACCCCAACCUCAUUUUGUUUGGAGGAGGGCAGAAGCAGCUGUGGGUUCCUUGUUUAGCUUAGGUCUUUUUACAGCCUCUGAUUAAGAAGCUCUUUUAUAUAGGGUUAAACAAGGCCUUCUGGGAGCUGUAACCACUGGCAAGGAAGGAGAGGGUGGAGGAGGCAGCAGUGCAGAGCCAGAAGCAGUAACUUCCAGCCCCAGCUUGGCAGCAGCAGGUACUUUGGCUGUUCCCUUACAGCACUGGCUCGCUGGCCUUUCAGCUUUCCCAAGGGCACUGCACGGAUGCUCGUGAUUGAACCUGCAGAUGAUGAGGAAGGAAGGAAACCAGCAAAAAAGACUGGAUCAUAAUAACCAAGGAUCCUGGCUAAAUGUCCGGGUUGGGGAAUCAGGAUGCUAAAAAACAGGAAGGAGGCAGUAGAGCUUUGCAGAGCUUUGUUUGUUUGAGAACAAUUUGUUCAUCAGCAGGCAAAGGGGCCAGGGCAGCUAGAGCAGGCCCCCCCCCCCUCCCCAAACCACAGCCCAUGUAUUCCAGCACUGGAAUAUGAGGCCAGGACUGCUGAGCGGCCUCAGAUGUUGUAUUAAACCUCAUGGAAGGCUUUUCUGAGCAGUUUCCCUCUGGACCUGUUUUUAAUGAUGCAGUUUAGCAUGAAAUUUUGCUCUGUUGUUUAAUGAAGGAAAACAGUUUGCUAGCCAAAACCAGCAAUAUUUGUGCCUGACAGCAGGUGCUGCUCUUAAGAGAGGAAAAAAUCUGUUGCAUCUACUAGUCUUACAGGGAAUGGGCCACCGCCCUGGAGCCAGAAUCCAGCUGAAGGACAUCUCAUCAGUUCUGGGUCUGCCUCAGGAGCUGGUGUCAUAAUUGCUCUGGUAGAGCAACUCCCAGGGGAGGAAGAAAACCAUGACGAGAGAUGUUAAUUUGGAUGGAGGUGAGCAAGAUAAGCAGAGCUGCCACUCUUUCCCACUCCCCUUGUCUCCAUUUUUUUUUCCCCUUUAUCCUCAGUUUCUUGUAAAAAAGUUCUGGCUGCCUCUGGCCAGGACUUGGAGGGAGAAAGCCUCAUUUUCUGCAGGGGCAGCUGGGUUGAAGACAAAAAAGCACUUUUUCCCACCCAGUGGCACAGGGGAAAUAACACAGGGCAGCCACAGCCCUAAGUGAUAAAUAGCCUAGACUGAAAUAUCUUCAACAGCUCCCCUAUCCUUCUAUUAUUCUGGCCUUUGUGCAUUUUUUUCCCCCCUCUCUCUUACCUUGUAUGAUCCCUUAGUGCCCUUUUUCUGGAUGAAGACUUCAAAUCCUCUCUGCAGUUGGCUAGUGUACCACUGGGAACACAGCUUGAAACCAAAGCAAAGGCCAGAGAGCACAUUUUAAACAAGAAAUGGAGAGAGCUGCAAAGAUUUGUGGAAGUCAGAGAAGACCUGUGGAAGUAGGUAACGGGAAAUUCCUUCUGCCUAAGGGAUUUAAUGAAUAAGCAAGCCCAGAAGGCAGACUCCUGGGGUUUGGCAAGGCAUGUAAAUUUAGGGUUUUUUUGUCCAUUAGUUAUGUGGCCACCCCCCUGUGUUGUACAGUAGACAGUUCUGUGUUUUUCUCUUUCCAGAACAGUAGGCAGGAGAAGCAACUGUAUUUUUAUAUUUGUUCUUAACAGCUCUGGCAAGUUCUUUUGGGUCAGGGCUCAAGCUAAAUUCACUGUUUGUUGCAGAGCUCUGGGCAGGCUGGGGACCAGAGGGAGCUGCCGUGCUGCCGGUUCCUGGGCUGUAUGCAGCACUGUGACCGCAGCCCAUGCACCUUGGAUGUAAUUAUUAGAGAGCAGUUUGUGGCUGUAAGCCAAAAGCCCCUUGCAGCACCCCUGCCUCCUAGCUGUUAUUUAAGGCUCAAAUGACUGUCACAAAUGCCUGGGAAAAGGGCUGCGUGUGAAAUAAUGUUUGAAAUCUAUUUUAAGAAACUGUAAAUGUUCUUUUUAUUAGAUAGUGGAGCUAAUUUAUCCUGUAUUCCCUACUGUAAUGCUUUUUUAUAUUGAAAGGAAUUUUUUUGGUAAUAUAAACCAGAACACAAGCCUUGAAGCACUCUCGGCACGUUUUUUUGUGUGCGUUUCUUAAAAAAAAAAAUAAAAGAAAGAUAUUGUGACAGUGAA